AUGGACACACCUUGGCCCCGAACAUGGCCCCGAACGUGGCCAGAGAAGGCGGAGCUACACAUUUUUGACCCAGAGGGCGACGUGCUUUUGAUACUCGAACGUUAUCGUAAGGAAGAUGAGGUGGUAGGUGAGGGAAAGAGUGAAAGUGUCCCAGAAGGUGGCUUCGUGUCAGAGAAACGGGGCCAUUGGGUGGGAGAUGAGGCACCUCCACCACAAGAAGAUGUCCCAGGUUGGUCUAUGCCUGAGCCAGAGCCUAUGCCUGAACCAGAGCCUAUACUUGAGCCAGAGCCUAUGCCAUGCGAGCCUCAAGCAGAGAGCCCCGGAACUAAAGUGGAUGGUAUGAGGGAGCCCGAAAGUUUCGCAUCUGCUUUCUUAGCCAGUCCGGAAACGAAACCGGGGAUUGAAAAGGUUCAAAUGCGAGUCUCAUCAAAGCACCUCAUCCUCGCAUCGCCGACCUUUCGAAUUAGUCUAGGCUCGGGUAUGUUCUCUGAAGGUCGAGAACUUCAAACUGAAGGCAACCUUAUUGUCCCGCUACCUGAUGAAGACCCAGAUGUAAUGAUCAUUCUCUUGAACAUUAUUCAUGGACUGUCAAAGAAAGUCCCUCGUUCGGUCGGCUUGAAUAUGUUAUCCAAGCUUGCUGUUGCGGUCAAUCACCGGCAAAUGCACGAAGCUGUCGAACUUUGGUCGGAUACGUGGAUAGAAAACUUAAAGAGAGACGAGGGGUUACCACGCAGCUAUACGCCAGAGACGCUACUCCCAUGGCUCUUCAUUUUUUGGGUGUUUCGGAAAGAUGAGGACUUCGGAAAUAUGUCUAAGAUAUUAGAACGAGAAAGUGAUGAUAAUCUAGAGGAUGAGGUAAAAAACGUUGAUGUUGGUCCUCACAUCCCAGCUUCCAUUAUACGAUCUAUACAACAGAAUCGUAUAGAUGUUAUUGAGAGCAUGAUAGCAAUCAUACAUGACCUCAUCACUAAAUAUUCCGGGCCUAGUAUUCUUUGCAACCAAAGCAAUGGCUUCUUUUGUGACGCGAAUUUGGUCGGCGCAAUUUUGAAGGAUUCGGCGGUUAUUGGAAUCUGGCCGUGGCCGGAGAAGCCUUACCCAGGGAGAACUUUAAAGUCGCUAGGAGACCAGAUUCGAGGAAUGCGGGUCUCAGAUGACUGCCAAAUACCUGACCGCGGAUAUUACAGUUCUAGCGAUAGCCACGGAAUCAAAACCUUGAUUGAGGCAUCAAUGGAAUCUUUAGGAGAUCGCAUAGUAGGACUUCACCUACCGUCUUACUUACCUGAAACGGGUAAAGGAAAGAAAAAGACUAAAAAGGAGAAAAGGAAAGAAGGAAGAAAGCUCGCGCGGUCCAAAAUUCCUAAUUUUGAAUUUUAA